AUGGCUUCUACCAAUUCUUCUUCAUCCAAUACUUCCUCGAAUUCAUCAACUAUAGAAGAUUUCCUCAAUCCUUAUUUUCUGCAUCAUGGAGAUAGUCCUGGUGUUGCUCUCGUUACAACACCGUUCACUAAAACAAACCACCAUACAUGGAGUCGUUCCAUGAUUACAUCUCUUCAUGCUAAAAAUAAACUCUCAUUCAUUGAUGGCUCUCUUCCACAACCUGCCAUGAAUUAUCCUCUUCAUUUUGCAUGGGGGCGCUGCAAUUCAAUGGUUGUUGCUUGGAUUACAAAUUCGUUAUCAAAGGACAUUGCAUCCAGUGUUUUAUUUUCUGAUAAUGCAAGAAACAUAUGGCUAGAUCUACAACAAAGGUUUUCCAGGAGCAGUGCACCACGAGUUUUUCAGCUAAAGAAAUCAAUCUCAGAUCUUUCUCAAGGUCAAUUGUCUAUCACUCAGUAUUACACUCAGCUGAAGACUCUAUGGGAUGAACUCCAGACUUAUCACCCUGCUCCUUGUUGUUCCUGUUCACCAUCUUGUUCUUGUGGAGCACUUCAGAAAGUAUUUGAACGUGAGCAAUUUGAUUAUACUAUUCAAUUUCUUGUGGGAUUAAAUGAUUCUUUCUCAGCUAUACGAGGUCAUUUGUUAAUGAUGGAUCCUCUUCCAACAAUUAACAAAGCAUUCUCAUUACUGCUUCAAGACGAAGGCCAGCGACAGCUUACUUCAAUUUCAGCUCCGAUCUUUGAUUCAGCUGCUAUGGCUACAAUUAAACCUUCAUUCAAUGCUGUAAAAUCUUUCAAGAAAGACAAGAUUAUUUGUUCUCAUUGUGGAAUUUCAGGUCAUACUAUUGCAAAAUGCUACCGUCUUCAUGGUUUUCCACCUGGUUUUAAAUUCACCAAGUCAAAGAAAGAAAAUAUUUCUGGAAAUCAAGUUAUCUCAGACAAUCCUUCUUUACCAUUUACCCAAGAACAGUGUACUCAAUUGUUGGCUCUUCUUCAACCUUCACCUCCAUCAUCUUCAGCUUUAGGAGCCUCCACUAUUCCCAAUGGUAGCUCCUCCUUAACCUCAAUGCAUAUGACAGGUAUGUCUUUAUCAGCUUCAUCUUCCAUUUUUGCUUCUAAUUGUUUUUCUUCCUUGUCUUCUUCUACUCCUUGGAUCAUAGACACGGGUGCAACUGAUCAUAUGGUUAGUAGUGUCAAUUUUUUAACUUCCAUUACAUCUUCUGUAAAAGCUUCUGUAAAUUUGCCAAACGGAAAUUCAGUUUCUGUUACUCACAUUGGUACUGACAUGCGGCUGUGGAAGAUGAUUGGACUGGGUAGAUUAUCUAAUGGCCUUUAUCAUCUGCUUUCUUUUUCCAAUAAUAAUUGUUCUUCUGCAAAUACUGUCAAUAACAGCUUUUCUUCAAACAAUACACAUAAGUCAUUUGAUAUUUGGCAUCAAAGACUAGGCCAUCUUUCUUCUGAACGAUUGUAUCUGUUACGUGAUCAUAUUUCAUUUUCUACUUCAAACAAACAUACAUAUUUUCUUAUGUCACCAUCAAUUUCUGAUGUUGUUCUGCCUACUCCUCAAACAGAUUGUUCUCCUGAUAUUUCACAUUUUUCACCAAACACUCCAUCUGCAUCAAACAGUAUGUCAUCUUCUUCAUCUCAAUCAUCUGAUUCUAAUUCUCUUACUCUUCAAAGAACAACACGUCCUAGCCAUCCACCUUCUUAUCUUCAUGAUUACCAUUGUUCUCUGGCCAAUAAUUUUACAUCAGUCCCUUCUUCUCUUCACAGUUCAGACCUGCCAUCUUCAGGUAAUCAGUAUCCUCUAUCUUCUAUUUUAUCAUAUUGUAAUCUCUCUUCAGCCUAUCAUUCUUUUAUAUUGAAUGUUUCUGUACAUACUGAACCACAAUAUUGUCAUCAAGCUGUUAAAAUUGCUAAAUGGCGCAAUGCCACGGAUAAGGAAAUACGUGCACUCGAGGAAAACCAGACUUGGUCUCUUGCUAAGUUACCUCAUGGCUACAAAACCAUUGGAUGCAAGUGGGUCUAUCGCAUUAAGUAUAAUUCAAAUGGAUCCAUUGAAUGA